AUGGCGCCAGCUGUGGUGAAGCUGAAUGUCUAUUACCAGCACCCUGUGUCCUACGACGAGAGGGGCAGGCUGCAGCAGCUACCGAGCACGAUGCCACGGUGGCUGUCACAUUGGGCCAAGGACGUGGUCGGCGUGUACCACGUGGGAGUUGAGGUAUACGGGCAAGAAUACUGCUAUGGCAUCUUCAACAAGAAGAAGGGCCGCAGCAUCGGAGGCCCUGACAGCGGUGUCUUCUGCCACCAGCCCCGCGACCCUGGCUGGGGAAACCAAUGGAAGUGCGAAGAGGAGCUGGGCACCACGACAUGCAGUCCCCAAAAAGUGCUGGCCAUCGCCUUCAAGCUCGGCAAGACCAGGUUCGGCAGCCGAGCCUACAGCCGGACCGGCAACAACUGCGUGGACUUCGCGUCGGAGUUCCUCCGGGAGCUUGGCGCGGAGGAAGUGCCGAGCUGGUGCCAGCGAGGCCUCCAGUUCUAUCGGGGAGCUGCUGGCGCCGUGGGAUUCGUGGAAGCCCUCUUCAGCACGGCUGAGGAUGGACCCGAGCAAGAUGUGACGGAGGAGAUGAGCAAACCCAAGUUCAUGGGAGGGGCCAAAGAGGUGAGUUAUGCACCAAUGAUCCCGGUCUACGCGCCCAGAUUGCAGAGCACGUCAUACGUGCCGCACAUGCCGGCGUACGUGGUCUAUUACCAGCACCCUGUGUCCUACGACGAGAGGGGCAGGCUGCAGCAGCUACCGAGCACGAUGCCACGGUGGCUGACACACUGGGCCAAGGACGUGGUCGGCGUGUACCACGUAGGAGUUGAGGUAUACGGGCAAGAAUACUGCUAUGGCAUCUUCAACAAGAAGAAGGGCCGCAGCAUCGGAGGCCCUGACAGCGGUGUCUUCUGCCACCAGCCCCGCGACCCUGGCUGGGGAAACCAAUGGAAGUGCGAAGAGGAGCUGGGCACCACGACAUGCAGUCCCCAAAAAGUGCUGGCCAUCGCCUUCAAGCUCGGCAAGACCAGGUUCGGCAGCCGAGCCUACAGCCGGACCGGCAACAACUGCGUGGACUUCGCGUCGGAGUUCCUCCGGGAGCUUGGCGCGGAGGAAGUGCCGAGCUGGUGCCAGCGAGGCCUCCAGUUCUAUCGGGGAGCUGCUGGCGCCGUGGGAUUCGUGGAAGCCCUCUUCAGCACGGCUGAGGAUGGACCCGAGCAAGAUGUGACGGAGGAGAUGAGCAAACCCAAGUUCAUGGGAGGGGCCAAAGAGGUGAGUGCACCAAUGAUCCCGGUCUACGCGCCCAGAUUGCAGAGCACGUACGUGCCGCACAUGCCGGCGUACGUGGCGUGUGGUUCGGGGCCGCAGUGCACACAACAUGUGUACUACGACGCCUACAUGCCUAUUUGGCGGCAAGGCGCACCAGCACUCCCGAUUUUGCUUCAGUUCCCCCAGGCGUUUGUAGUGAAGUCUGUCGCACUGUGA